GAUACCGAGGAUCAUCUUACACCGGAUAGAUCUCUGUCAGUACUGGGCGUGUAAAGACAACGGGGUUCUCAAUGAGCUCAGCAACCUGGAGGGCAACUCCACUUUAGAAGAGCAACCAGAACAUCAACAGCUCAAAGAGGAAGAGAAGCAACUCUGCAUCAGUCAGGAUGAAGAGCAGCUUGUACUGAGACAGGAGACUGAUGACAUUUUGGUGAUUCCUUCUACUGCGCGAAGAAUCUGCAAUGAAACAGAACCACAGAGGAACCAACUCAUCUCUCAUGGCUCUUCUGAAGAUGAGAACCAGGAUCAGGAAAAAAGCAAUUGUGAAGACUCAGGAAAAAAGAGAGAUAAAAAACAGAAACGUCAGAGAUAUCAGAAAACCAAACAGCAAAAAGGUAAAACUGAGAGUUCAAAACAGAAAACACAGAAGAAAGCUCACCCAGACCAAAAACAAUAUUCUUGUAAAAUCUGUGAUGAAGCCUUUUCUCAAAGCAGUUCCUUGACAACACACAUGAGAACUCACAUGGACAAGAAGCUUUUCACAUGUUCAACCUGUGGAAAAAGCUUCCAAAACAAAUCUCAUUUGCUUCGUCACAUGAUGAUUCACACAGGAGAGAAGCCUUUUUCAUGUGUGACUUGUGGAAAAAGUUUCAUAACCAAACCUGAGGUAGUUAGUCACAUGAGGAUUCACACAGGUGAGAGGCCUUUUUUAUGUGUGACCUGUGGAAAAAGCUUCCAAAACAAAUCUAAUUUGCUUCGUCACAUGAAGAUUCACACAGGAGAGAGGCCUUUUUCAUGUGUGACUUGUGGAAAAAGUUUCAUAACCAAACCUGAGGUCGUUAGUCACAUGAGGAUUCACACAGGUGAGAGGCCUUUCUCAUGCGAGACCUGUGGAAAAGGAUUCCGGUCCAAGCCUCCGUUACUUCGUCACAGGAGGAUUCACACAGAUGAGAGGCCUUUCUCAUGCGAGAACUGUGGAAAAGCAUUCCGGUCCAAGAAUGAGUUACUUCGUCACAUGAAGAUUCACACAGAUGAGAGGCCUUUCUCAUGUGUGACCUGUGGAAAAAGUUUCAGAGUCAAAGAUAAGGUACUUUUUCACAUGAAGAUUCAUACGGGUGAGAGACCUUUCUCAUGUGUGAUAUGUGGAAAACGUUCCAUAACCAAAUCUCAGUUAGUUGUUCACAUGAAGAAUCACACAUGUGAGCAGUCUUUCUCAUGUACGCACUGUGAGAAAAGGUUUACUAGUAAAGCAAACUUAAAUAGUCACAUGGAUAUUCACACAGGUCAGAAGCCUUUCUCAUGUGGGACUUGUGGAAAACGUUUCUAUCGACAAUGCAUUCUAACUUGUCACAUGAGAAUUCAUACAGGUGAGAAGCCUUUCAAAUGUACAAGCUGUGGAAAAAGUUUCAGAAACAGAAGUGGUUUAUAUCGUCACAUGAUGACGCAUGCUAAUGAGAAGCCUUACUCUUGUGGGACUUGUGGAAAAAGAUGA